AUGCACGGCGAGCAGAUGGACUACAUGAGAGACAGAACCUGUCGCAUACCCGGCUGUCUAAUUUCAUUUCAUCACAAGUUGCCAACAAUUUCUAUGCCGACAUUUAGUGGUGAUCUCUUGACGUAUCAGACAUUUUGGGACUCAUUUGAAUCAUCAGUGCACAACAAUCCCAGUUUAACAGACGUGCAGAAAUUCAGUUACCUGAAGUCAUUGCUAGAGGGUGAUGCUGCAAGAACUAUUGACGGGUUCGCAUUAACGAAUGCAAACUACAGUCAGGCAUUGUGUUUAUUAAAAGAGCGCUACGGACAGAAACAAAAAAAUCACCCCUCCGCAUAUAUGCAGACAUUAUUGAAGUUACCAACACCAGCAGACGAUAUUCGAGAAUUACGUCAAUUUUACGAUAUGCUUGAGACAAACAUCCGGGGUUUAGAAUCAUUAAGUGAACUACAAGAUACAUAUGGCAAUCUAUUAAUCCGAAUAAUCCUUGAAAGACUACCUCCGGAAACCAGACGUCAUUUAGCUAGGGAACAUGGUAUCGGAAGUUGGACGCGCUUCCAGACUUACGCAAAUCACUAA